AUGUCUGAACAAUCACUCGGUUGUGUUAUGUUACCAAUCAUCGAUGAAAAUGGACAUUGUUGCAUGCAAAACAAAAAUUAUACCGCAAGCUUGUUUAUGCGAAAUUCGUUUAACAGAGAAGAUGUGAUCCCUGUAAAUACUCAAAUUCAAAUAACUUUUCGUGUAUCAAAUGUGCCUAACAAUAUCGUUCAUCAAGUUGAUUCUCUACCAGAUAUUUUUUUAUGUCAUGCAUUGUUUCUACCAAUGUUUUUCUACUAUCGACGUUUAUUAGGCCAAUUUCUGACGAAAGAUUCCGAUAACUGUAGCAAUGCAGCACUUAAAGCUGAACCAUUUCUUGCUACAUUUCCGGUUAUCGCUGAUCAACCUGAUAUUAUGGAAAUGUUAUGGCAACUUUGGAAAAUUCACGAGAAAAAUGCAACAAAUAAAAAACUUUCUGAGAUGGAAGAAGCGGAACGAUUCCGUUCAUUUUUUCUAAGGACUGGAUUUAUUCUUCAUCAAACCGUUCCAAUGAAAAAAUUCAACUGGACUGAUGCUCGAUGCUUUGCCGAUCGACACGCAAAGCUUAGUCAUUUCCGGGAGCAGUAUUUGCAUAAUUUUGAUGCUAUCAAAUAUCUUUGCAGACAACGUUGUCAUCCACUUAAUGUAUACAGUUAUGCAGUAGAUAUUGUUGGUCCUCAUGCAAUCAGUUGA